AUACUUGUUUAUUGCCAUGAUAAGUAUUACUGACCACUUUCAUAUAACAGUCAGUCCAAUGCAAUGAACAAAGCGCCAUGUCCAAAAGUCAGUUGCAGUACACCUGUGGGUGCUAAGAAAGGACCUGGAACAAAGUUCCCACUCAUUGCCAAUCGGCGUCCACUACCCUCAUGGGCUAAACCAACCACAAUAUGCCAAGGCGUUACCCGUUCUCCGCGUGAUUGUUGGACCGACAAUGAAUGCUUUCAGCCGACCAGGAGCGGCAGCAGCAGUGGCACCAACAAUGAGUCAAUUACGACUUCACCAACUUCACCAACGUCGCCCGCUUCACCCAUACCUACGGCGCUUGUGGAAAACACAAGUAGCAUACGUACUGCUAGAUCAGGGCUUUUGAAAAGCAGCACUAGAAAUAGUAGCUUCUUUCUAAAUGAUACCCGAGCAGAAAAUGCUACUACAUCAGAAGAAUCUGAAGCAGGAAACGUAUCAACGACACGAGCUAGACCGAGACUCCAUACCAAGCUUUUUCAUCAUGACACAUCACUGUCGAGCAAUAUGAACUCGCCAAUCACACCAACAUCACCACAGGGUGGUGUAAACGCUUCACCGAAAACAAAACAGAGCACGGGUUCAAGUCACUUACCGGAUGUUUCGCAGAAGAAGCAAGAACAGGAACAUGUGCAAGCUGCUACUGCUGAUAAUAGCAAGCCUUGUAAAGAGCAGCAAGCGAGUCAUCAAUCGAAGAAAAAGCGGAUAUGCUGCAAAUGCAAUCAACCACUGAGACGCAGUGGUAAUACCAAAAAGGGCGAAUCAUCGAGUCGGAUUGGUGUCCCAUCUGCAACUGGAAACAGAGAAGAUUACGCGUGGUACCAUUACGAGUGUUUGCGUUGUCCAGUAUGCGAUGAGCAUUUUACGGAAAAGGAUUACUUUGUGCGUCACGGACAAGAAGUAUAUCAUCCAAAGUGUCGAAAAGCGGCAUUGAACAGUAGCAGCGGCAAUAGUGGCAUUGGAAAAUCGCAACGACAAAGCAAUUGCACAGUAUGCUCCAAGAAAAUUAAGACUGGAUCUGGCGGCGAUGGUUUCGAUUUUGAUAAAGGCAAAUACCAUUUUGAGGUAUAGUACGCUUACUGGAACUGAUGAAUUUGCGGAUGCCUUUCAUGUAAAUAUCUGAUUACAAUACUA